CAUAAAUAAUAUCGAGAGACAAGGCCGGGCGUGUUUUUUUUAAUCCAAAAAGUAUAAAAGGACAAAUGUUAAAACCGUAUAGAGUUUUAUUAGCGGUACUGAUUUCAAUCAUGGUGGUAGUGAGUUUGGUUGUUCUGUAUCUAGUCUAUGGAUUAGUUGAAUCAGCCAGCGUCGAUACGAAGACAAAACUGAUUAUAGACCACGAUGGAGGCGCAGACGACGCCAUGGCUCUAUUCAUGGCCUUAUUGUAUGAAAAAUACCAUGAGGGACCAGAAGUGAUAGCGUUGACUACUACUCACGGCAACGUGGGUGAGGAACAAACAUACAACAACACACAGCGGAUACUCAGCAUUGCUGAGAGGAAAGAUGUUCCGAUAUUCAGAGGCAGUAGCAGAGCGCUGUUGUCAGGAUUGCCAUCGGACCACUACUUUGGCGUCGACGGGCUCGGAGACAACGGCACGGCGGUGUACGAUGCUAUUGCCCCAGAAAAGGACCACGCGGUCUUCGCCCUGAUAGAACUGUCCAAAAAAUACAAAGAUGAACUGGUGAUAGUAGCGUUGGGUCCUCUUACAAACAUAGCUCUGGCGGUCAGAAUCGAUCCCGACUUCCUCUCAAGACUGUCGCAGCUUUUCGUCGGAGCUGGACACGUUUACGGGGACAAUUUCACUAAGCCGGAGUUUAACGCCGCUAUGGACGUGGAAGCCUACCACAUUGUGGUAAACAGUGGCAGACCGGAUAAAUUGACAAUCAUACCGUUCUCUCAGAUACUGACUUACCAAAAGUUAGAUAAGGAAUGGAGACACGAUACACUCGGGUCUAUUAAGACCAAAAUCAUGGACUCACUAAAUACGUUCGAGCAGAUAUCAUUCAAGAGCAACAGUUACUGGUGUCUCCUGGACCCCGCAGCGAUGGCUAUCGCUUUGGAAGAGCACACUGUUGUAGACUACGCCUUAUAUACGAACAACAGCAUUAUAUUGUAUGACAAAUCCAGAGGAAUCAAUACAAAUGAUUACGUACAAGAGGAAGGAGCGAACGCCAGAUUGAUAUUCAAAGUAAAUAAGGACUCGUACAAAGAGUUUCUGUAUAAUCUGUUUUCAUCAGAUUUAUUAGUCAGUACUAGUUAACUAGUAAGGAGACGAUAAAGAACAAACUUAUUAAAUAUUGAAUGGAAGUAGGCGUUACUUUGCUUAAGUUCAUUAUGAAUAAACGAUUUAUUUAUUUUAUUA